ACAUAUAAAAAUAAACUAGUGUACAUCCUUAAAACACACGAAUACAUUAUAAUGUAUCAAAAGUAAACUGUACAUCUCUGAAUUAUACAUUAGUGUGUUUAUAGUAAAAUUAGUGGAUUUGAAGGAACAUCAUUGAAUCAGCUGACCUUCUACUGAAAUGUUAGGUGACAUAAGGAGAUCUAUUUUAGAUCAUUCUUUUCCUGUGGGUCUUUUGUUUCUUUUUUUUUCUUGUGCUUUAUGCUGCAUAAACAUCCACACCCCUACACACAGAUAAAGCCGCAUUCGAUUUGACCAACAGAUCAUUUCCUCUUUGUCUCUCGGCUGAUACACAAUGGUUCAGUUUAAAACUCUGCCUGUGUUUCUCUGUGCCAUGGGUUUUAUCUCAGAGACUCUGUGCUCUUUAUCUUUGGAAGCAGAAGCUGGAGAUAACGUCACUCUUUGGUGCCAACAUGGUCUGACUGAGCCAGGUUCCAUCUUCUGGUUUAAACACACGUGUGGUUCAGUUCCACUUCGUCUUGGGUGUAAAAAGUUUAGGACAUCAGCUCCAUCAGAAAACUGUUACUUCUUUACUGAAAGUGAGAGAAUAGUGAUGUCUGUUCAUGGCAAGAGCACGUCUCUCACAAUCACUGCAGUAAACGUCUCUGAUACAGGACUGUAUUACUGCAGCUUCAGUGAUCAAAUGAUCUUCAGCAACUCGACCUCUUUACAAGUGAAAGGUUCAGACUCUUCUGCUGUGUUCUUCAUGCUGAAUGCGGUGUUUGGUGCAGUGAUUGUGAUUCUUCUCGGUGUCCUGAUCUUCAUCAUACUGAAACACAGAAAAACUCUUAGAGGUGCUGAAGCAGAAGAUAUUGAGGAUCCUGACUCGGACUCUGUGAAUUACGCUGCUCUACGGUUCUCAAAGAAGAAAACCAAUAGAACCAAGAGACACGAUGAAAAGGUGGACCCACAUGUUAUAUAUUCUUCAGUCGGACAGAGUAAUGUGUGUACAUGAUGUCAUAUAUCAUUUACUGUUUACUUAAUAUGAAACAGAUGUUUC